AUGGUGGCUGCGGGAGAGCCCCUCCGUGGGGCAGCCGGUGCGCGCGCGUCCGCCGACCGGCUCAUUUUCAAGCUGAAGAGCAGGUUGGUGGCCGCUGACCGCAAGGCUCUCGCCUUCGAGUAUGCGCUGCUGCACCUCUUCGGCGACGCGGAGGUUGCGGAGAGGGUCGCCUGUAUUCUUCCUGCCCUCACGUCCCUCCUCGCGGGCGAGCGGCCCGAGGCGCUGGACAUCCUUCGGCGCAAUGUGGCGCUCCACUCCGAGGGGCCCUGCGGCGUGUCUCUGGUCUCAGCUGGCCAUGCCGAGCUGCGCAAGGCCCAGAAGCACGCGCGUAGGCUCGAGGCGAGGAGGGCGGACACCCAGCCCGCGCGCGGCUCACGUGCUGUCGCAGGGCUCCCCGCCCCUCGAGGCCGAGAGCGGGCUCCGUCGUGA